UUGGAAAAAUUUAGAAAAUCUCGUAAAAGUGAGAAGACUAAAAAAGCUGAACGAAGCGAUACAAUAAGAAAGCAGUCGAGUGAUACGCGGACUAAAGCGAAGAAUGUUGUGGGUGACAGUGAAUUGUCAACGGCAGUCGUUGAAGAUAUGGCUCUUUCUUGGCACCCGAACCUGACUUCGUCCAGAGCACCACCAACAAUCUCGUCAGCAGAAGGCGGGGGCCGGGGCGGCGCUGCGGACAGGCGUAGUUCGUCAGCGCAUCGAAGACGUCGUCCGCGGUCUGCGCAUUAUGAUCCGAAUGCGGUGAACCUAGCUCCAGAACGAGUUAGUAUUUUUACAGUUUAA